AUGCAAGCCGCGCCGCAGGACGAUGGCCGCGAGCACGAGAAGCCGUGCCUCAGCGAGUCCCGCGCGGCGGAGCUGGUGGAGCGCCUCUACGGGGUGAGCGUGGCGGGGGUGAGCCCGCUGGCGAGCUACGUCGACCAGAACUACCGUGUGCUGGCGCGCGACGGUCGCCAGUUCGUGCUCAAGGUCACCAACACGCGGGACAGCCAGCGGCCGCAGAUGCUCGAGGUGCAGAUGGCCAUGAUGAGUUUCCUGUGGGAGAGGGGCUUCCCCAUGCAGGAGGUGGUGGACAACGUCAGCGGGAAGAUCAUGUCGCUCGAGAACAUCGACUGCGGCGAAGGAGAGAAGGAGUUCAACGUGCGGCUGCUCACGUACCUGCCCGGCGUGCCGCUGUCCAGGGUGCUGGCGGAUGGCAGCCUGUACUACCAGGUGGGCAAGCUGGCAGCGAGCAUCCACCAAGCCCUGCAGCAGUUUGAGCACCCGUUCCUGCACUCCCUGCAACGAGACGAUUUCAUCUGGAACCUGUCAAACACCCACCUGCUCGAGUCCUACCUCUUCACUCUGGACGGCGACCCCAACCAGGGUCUGGUCAGGGAGGUCAUCGCCAAGUUCCGCGAGGAGAUCCAACCCAACCUGCACAAGUUUACCAGAUGCAUAAUCCACGGUGACUUCAAUGACGACAACAUCCUGGUGCAGGAGGUGGCCGCGGGAAGCGAGCAGCAGCAGCAGCAGCAGCAGGGGCCCAAGUCGGCGGAGGGAGCGCCGCGGCACCGCAUCUCCGGCGUUGUGGACCUCAACUCGAUGAUGUUCGGCUACCACGUGUACGACCUGGCCAUGGCCAUCAUGUACAUGAUGGUGGAGAGCGGAGAGGCGAUGGAGGCCGGGGGUCACGUCCUGGCCGGCUACGAGAGCGUGCAGGCCCUCACCGAGGACGAGAGGAGGGCCGUUUACUUCCUGGUGGCGUGCAGGUUCUGCCAGUCGCUGGUCAUGGCCCGCUACACGAUCCUGCGAUACCCGCAGAACGCCUACUACCUGCUGAUAACGGCGCGCACCGGCUGGGUGAAGCUACGCGAGCUCUGGACGAGGGGCCUGGAGGACAUGCAGAGGCUGUGGUCCGAUGUUGCGGCACGGUGCGGCGCUCAGGGGCGGAACAGCCUCGCGAGGCUCGACCGCCUCUGCAUCAGCCCGGACGGGGCCAACCUGCUCGGCGAGAGACGCUUGCCGGGAGGCAACGCAGGGACCAUCCUCCCUCGUUUCACCUUUCUCGUCGACGCGGCUUUUCUUGAGACCUCGCUCGCCUGCGACAAGCGGACACAUCGGAGACGCCACGACAACACCGCCAUCGUCAACGGCCGCAAAGACGCGGGGACGCAAACGCAGAGGCGCUCGUAA